AAGAAGACAAUAAUACUCUCUCUCUCUCUCUCGCAUGACGAUCGAUCCCUUUCCAUUAAAUUAAAAAAAAAAUCCGAAAAUUCGGUCUUUUCUAGGUCUCUCGAGUUUCAAUUCUCUCUGUUCUCUUGCGAUUUUCUCAGACGUUUUCUUCUUCUUUUCUGUUCCAGAGAUUUGUCGAUCUUCGCGACAGCUGACAGUGUGGAUUCGGGGUGAAUCUCGUCGCUGUUUCCCGAGUUUAUCGCACAAUGUUUUGUUCCUUGUAGAUGGAGGAUAGAAUGUAGUAUCUCAUCUGGCUUGGAGGAUGUUUGGUUUUCACUCGGCGGGUCUCUUAGAUGACGCAUGAUGUCUCCUGAAAGAUCAUCGGCUGAGGAAUCUAUCUGGCAGGAUCUCGAGGUUUUGGCCGUCUCAAAGCGGCUCGCGAGAAGCGUUAGUCAGAAGCUCAAGAAGAAGAACGUUAAAAGCGACGAGGAGGAUGCAAAGGGGGUCUCGCUGAAUUGUCUGAAUCUCUAUGGUCGGGGUGGUGGCUGCAAAGUCGGAGCCGAGAUGGGUGAGGAUUUCGGGGAUAGGAGGAGGUCGAGUGCUAGCGAGGAAGGUAAGGGACUGAAAACCAUUUGUGGAAUCGAUGAAACUACGGUGGAAUGCUUUUCGUAUGGAGUGAGAGAGAGGUUUUGGAAGAAGAACAACAGGAAAUACUUAGAACUCGAGGAGUCGGUCCGAAAUAGCAGGAUGCAUAUAUUCCUUCCAGAUGAUAUUCUCGAAAUGUGCUUGGUUAGGUUGCCUUUGGCCAGUCUAAUGACCGCUCGGCUCGUGUGCAAGAAAUGGAAGCACCUGACCACUACUCAGCGUUUCCUUCAGAUGAGACGAGAAGGGUUGUAUCAAAACCCGUGGUUAUUUCUGUUCGGAGCUGUGAAAGACGGAUGCUCCUCGGGGGAAAUCCAUGCCUACGAUGUGUCUCAAGAUCAUUGGAGCAGGAUUGAAUCCGAUGUUCUUAAGGGAAGAUUCAUGUUCUCGGUUAUGAGCAUCCAUGAGGAGGUUUAUAUAGUCGGAGGUCGUUCUACCCUGACCAACAACUAUGGUCGGAUGGGAAGUUCUGUCAAGACCCACAAAGGUAUUUUGGUGUUCAGCCCUUUAGCCAGGUCAUGGCGUAAGAUCGCGUCUAUGAGACACGCGAGAUCAAUGCCCAUUGUUGGUGUUUCGGAGGUUAGUUCAGACUUCCCGACAUUACCCAGUCACCAGAAUCGGCAAGAGAGGCGCUUUCAUCGUUCAAGGAUCGGAGGAGUUUCCGAUGUGUACGAAGAUCCUCACAGGCUCUCGGUUAGGCGCCAGCUCAGAUUCUCGGCCGACGAAAGCGAAGCUUCCUACUUAACGGUUAAGAAACACCAGAGGCUGACAAGGCAGAUGAACGGAAUAAACUCCAAAAGAUUCGUGCUCAUCGCCAUUGGAGGUAUCGGGUCUGUCGACGAGCCGCUGGAUUCGGGAGAGAUAUACGACUCCGCAACAAACGCAUGGGCGGAAAUCCAGCGACUCCCUCUGGAUUUCGGGGUCGUUUGUUCCGGGGUCAUAUGUAAUGGGAUCUUCUACGCUUAUUCCGAGAACGACAAGCUAGCGGGUUACGACAUAGAGAGAGGGUUCUGGAUCGGGAUCCAAACCUCUCCGAUCCCUCCUCGGGUCCAUGACUUCUACCCGAAACUCGUAUGCUGCAAGCACCGGUUGUUUAUGCUAUCUGUGUCGUGGUGCGAAGGAGACGGGCAGAUCGGCAGGAGGAACAAAGCUGUCCGGAAAUUGUGGGAGCUCGACCUCAUGUACCUUACAUGGACCGAGGUUUCGGUACAUCCGGACGCACCGAUGGACUGGAAUGCAACAUUUGUGGCAGACCGAAACCUGUUGUUUGGGGUCGAGAUGUUCAAGAUUUUCGGUCAGGUACUCGAUUUCUUCACCGUAUUCGAUGUAGCCAAGGACGAAACUACCUGGAGGCAUGUCUCGAGGAACCAAAUGACUCAUGAGCUCGAUGCAUCUUCUUGCAUUAAUAAGACUGUUGCUUUGCUCCAUCUCUAGUUUGGUUCAGGGGAAAGAAAUAAUAUUUAUUCUUUUCAGGAUUUAUGUUUUGGUUCGGAAACCCUUUCGGCAUCUAUAGAGAUUCCAUGUUUUCUUAGUCUUUGUUUUUUUUCCCCUGUUGUAAUAACUCUUGUCCAUAGAUUGAAUCUUGUUUCUGUUCAUCUUUCGUCAUAAUCUUCCAUAGGAAUGGACAUGGAAACAAUGAGUCAUCAACGAUUUCGAAGAUUCAA